AUGUCGAUGCCUUCGUUGGCUUCACUGUCAAAGGAGUGGGAUGCUGCAGAGGCGGUUAGGGAACAAGUCCGCUCUCACAGGUGUCUACUCACGUGGCAAGGAGCUGACAAAAAGGUAAACAUGAAGAAUGCUGCGCUCAAUUACUCCGUCAUCAAACCCUUGGCCAAGUGUUUAAAGGAUUCCAACAAUGAAGUUGGGAUGCACCAUGUUCCACAACUGGAAAGGCAGAUCAAAGCCCUGUUCCAUAUCAUGAAGCUGGAGCCUCCUCCGUUCAAGGAAAUCAAGCAGGAAGCGAAGAAAAUCAAAGCGUUUCUUGUGCUGAUCAAAAAGAAGCUCACUCGCGACCAGGUCCCUAGAUCCAGGUUGUUUCGCUUGCUUAUGGCUCUGGUUUUUGACCCCGAUCUGAAGGACAGGGUCUAA